AGAGGACCGAGUCCCGCGCACCCACUGCCCCGGCCCGAGGGGUCCAUGCCAGUCCUUGAUCCGCCGGCAGCGGACCCGCUCCCCAAAAUUGGGGAAUCCCUUGAAAAUGAGGAAACCAAAGCCCCGUUCAUCGAAGAUGACGUCGCCAAAAACAACGUUAAAAACCAGAAGAAAAAUAACCAAGAAAUUCUCGAUACCAACGGGAAAGAAGAAAUUCUACAAAACGGCCACGUUGAGAACAAACUGUCUAACGGCACUGCGCUUAAAACGGAAGGCGAUCUUCCUGAAGCGCCACGACAGCCCCAAGCGCUCUCCAACGGACGAGUUUUAGCUUUGUCUUCUCCCAAACCCCGACGGAAGAAGAAAUCCAAAAAUAAAAAGAAUAUAUUCACCUUGGGUUCCACGACUUCAUCUUCUUCGGAUACCGACGAAACAGAUGAUGAAGAACCAUCGAAGAGCCAUAAAAUUAAUAGAAAUAGAGGUAGUAAGGAAAGAAAAGACAAUAAACGCAAGAAUCAUAAUAAUAAUAAUGCUGAUAAAAACAUAUUCGGAGAGAGUAACCGCAAAGUAGCGAUGCCGGGGAAACGAGAUCCCGGCGUCUGCAACCCUGCGUAUACUCAGGACGUCGGAGGUGACCACUUAGACGAUGACGAAUGUGACGACGAUGGGCAUAAAGGCAACAGUAAGAAGAGCAAAAGACAGGACAAUAAACAAUACAAUGAAGACAGUGAUUCAUCAAGUGAAUCUAGUCUACCUGUUAAGGAAUCUCGGAAUAGCCCAAAGAUACCAGGAUUCCGGAGUUUACGGAACUCCCCGGCAAGUAAUAGAAGCGGGUUCCAGAGCGGCCGGUCCUCUGUGUCUUCGGGGCGUAAAGGCAUAUUGAAGAAAAGUGGCUCCUGUGCUACCAUCAAUCUGGAAGUGGGCAAACAAAAUGGUAUCAAUAAAAGCCACCCUAACAGCAUCUUAGAUGAUCCAAAUGAUCUCGCUGACGGAUCCCGUUCUGAGUCGUUACCUAGCGACCCGCAGCGCAGCAUAAACCGAGUAAAAUUCAUCCUGGAUUCUGGCAAACCAGACAAUAUAACGGGCAGUUAUGACGACAUUAGAAUAGAAAUGAUCGAGAAAGACAGGAUAGAUCGAAUGGAGAGAGGUAAAAGCCAAGAAAGUGGAUAUGGAGGGCUCAGUAAAAGUAGUCGGAAAUGUCUUCUUUUUUGCGCAGGUUUACUCGUUUUAACAAUUGCUGUGAUCGUUGGGUCAUUUGUGGGUUCCGGCAAACUACGGCAAGUAGGAAGCCGGCUCACUGGGUUAGCUUUAGCUGGGGAUAGUGCGUAUGGACAAGUCAAAUACGUUAAGAACGCCAUUGAAGUCAAGUUUCACAUCAUGAACGAAACAUACACUCCGGCAUUGAAAAAAUCCGAAACUGAUGAAUACCAGGCGCUUGCUACACUCCUCGAGAGGGAACUAAAAAAUAUUCUCGUCACUUCUGAAAUCGAAUAUAAUGGCAACUCCGCCUUGAAGUUAAAGGUUAUUAAGUUUGAUCCUGGAAGCAUCGUACCGACUUUUCGGAUCGGGUGGCUCUUCAUCGACCCUGACAUAUCUCCUCCACCGCCUGCACCUCUCAACAUCACCAUCGUCAGGAGUCGGCUGGAACAGCACAUCAAGCUCCACAAUGACUCUAUUGAUAAAUAUCAGGUCGACCUUGACACGCUUAGCGUUGACAGGGUGGUGGACAUUUGCAAGAACAACGCUUCGCUCUGCAGCAACGAAUGCAAGUUCUCGUAUGAGAAUCUACGCUUCUCUUGCUUCUGCCCAGAUCACAUGAUCUUGGUUAACCAAACCACUUGUGUUCAACGUAUCGAUCUAACUACUACUACCACCACGGAAGUCUAUCUCAACGUCUUAUUUGAUGAAAUCUUCAGUAAGAUUGGCGACAGCGUGGCAUUCAUUAGCAUCAGAAGCGAACAAAGUGACAAACCUUCUGGAGAUAAGAGCGACGGCAAAACUGGUUUGGCGGUCACCAACGGCACUUCAACGUCCCCCAGUACUUCUUCGUCUACAGGAUCUGAAAUGUCGUCUAGCACUUCCGAAGCAUCUCCUCAAAGUAACACCGCAGCAUCCAUCCCGCUUGCUAAUUCCACUCACGCGUCAACUAAUGAAAGCGUUGGCGUUGAGAAUGUUACUAUUUCUUCAUCGUCAGAGCAAGUAGAAAAUGCUUCUCAUGUAAAUAGAUCUCAGAACGUUCCAUCAUCCGAAUCUGCCCCGGCGUUAAAUAUUGUAACCCUGAGCGAAGAUUCUUUAGAAAGUCCGUCAUUGUCUGAAGCAUCGAAUGAAACUUCAGUGUCUGACCAAAAUAUUAAAACUACUUCGAGCGCAAAUGGUUCCACUACAGCCUCAACAACCACCAGUACAACUAUAUUAACUACAACAACUACUACUACCACUACUCCACCUCCUACAUCUACCCCAUUGCCUUCAAAUUCGGAGAUCUUGCAACCAGAGGACCCUCAGACUCUCAACUCGAAUGAAGUAGACAAUCCAGGACUUGCUACUGAUGAUAUCGAGAACAAAAAUGCUUCUGGAUCGUUUACCAUAGCUUCUACUCCGUUGAAUGCUUUAUCAACCCCUUCCACAAUCAGUGCUCCCUCUACUGCUGCACCUCCUGCUUCUACCUCUGCCUCUUCUACUGCUGCAUCUCCUGCUUCUACCUCUGCCUCUUCUACUGCUGCACCUCCUGUUUCUACCUCUGUCUCUUCUACUGAGGCAUCUGCUUCUACCUCUGCCUCUUCUACUGCUGCAUCUCCUGUUUCUACCUCUGCCUCUUCUACUGCUGCACCUCCUGCUUCUACCUCUGCCUCCUCUACUGCGGCAUCUCCUGUUUCUACCUCUGCCUCUUCCACUGCUGCAUCGUCUGUUUCUACCUCUGCCUCUUCCACUGCUGCAUCGUCUGUUGCUACCUCUGCCUCUUCUCCUGUUUCAACUAUUGCAACUACCGCCUCCACGAGCUCUCCAGAAGUUACUCCAUCUUCCGCAAUCACGAACGAUACUAUUGGUGUCGUUGAAGGAGCUCCAGCUUCUUCUUCAACCACUACCAUAUCACCUUCAUCAUCGUCAGAUUCUUCGACAGUGAGAGUAUCAAAUUUCUCAUCAUCCACUAGUAGUGAAAAUAACGCAGAACAACCACCCGCUGAUACCGUUGGUAACGGUUUAUCUGCUGACUCAAGUUUGGCUGGUAGUUUAUCAAAUUCUUCUUCUGGUGAAGUAAAAUAUGCUGUGUCGCCAGAAGAGCCAGAAACUAUCGAAGUUAUACCUUCUACCACGACGACAACUGAACGCGCGGAAUCUGCUUCUGCUGCACCGAUACCCGUUCAAAUAAAUCCGUCAGGAAAUGAAGUGGAAGUUGAGAUACCUUUAAUAUCCACUUCUACUGCAGACUCAGUUUCCAGUAUUGUCAACCAGUCUCAUGUGAUUCCGUUACCGAUAACAGAGAGACCUGUGCUGAACAUGAGUUUCCCUGAUUCUAUAGGAGAGAACGAAAUUGAGUUGAGUGGGCCCAAAUCUAUUGCUAUAGUUUCCACAACCCCAUUUGCAUCCACUGAUUCAUCAGACACUGGCAUCGGAGCUAGCACAUCCGUUUCGACGAGUCCUUUUGUAAAUGUUGUACAAUCCGAAGAGCCUCCUACUAACGACCGAAACGCCACUCCUUCUGUUCUUAUUACGACUUCCACCACAAGCCAACCUUUAGCACAAGAAACUGACUCAAAUCAUACCGCAGAUCCUGUAGGAGUCGAUCAAAUGUCCCAAGAUAUUGCUAAUGUUACCAAGAAGAUGCCUCCAGCGGUUAGCUUGGAUAAUAGGUUAAUGGGCGAUCUCAACGCUUCCGCUGGAAGUGUUGAGCCUAAAGUAGUGUGGUCAUUUAAUAAUGUGGGUCCUGCUGAAGUUGCAUCGAUUAACUCUUCAGCAGCAGCACCUGCGACAAAUGAUCUCUGCACAGGUGGCCAACACGAGUGCGGAGCUCAGUGUCUCCCACUAUCACGUCGAUGUGAUUCCAUCUUUGACUGCGCCGACGGCUCCGACGAGAAAGAUUGUAUCAAAAAUUCGUGUUUCCUUAAUUUCCAGUGCUGGAGCGGGGAUUGUGUUGCCAGGAGCCAAGUGUGCGAUGGAUUCUCCGAUUGUCCAGGUGGAGAUGAUGAACAAGGCUGUAACACAUGGAGCUGUUUGGAGAAUGAGUUUCGUUGCGAGGCUAUUCCCCCUGAUAUGUCACAGCCGACUUCUGUCGCGCAAUCAUCUACGUCCCCCGUUCACGCAGGUCCUUGUUUACCUCUGUCGCUUCGCUGCGAUGGGCAGCCGGACUGUUUCAAUCACACCGAUGAAAGAAACUGUAUCGCUGUCGAACAAGCUGCUGAGUGCGAAACGGAUGAAUUUCAGUGUUCAGAAGGGUGGUGCAUCCCUGAAGGUUGGCGUUGCGACGGCGUCUCUGACUGCGAAAACGGUGAAGACGAAGAAAACUGCGAGUGUUCGGGAUUGGACGAGGCAGCAUGUACUGUCGGAGGCUGUGUUCCAACUUUCCAUUUAUGCGACGGCCUUCGUCAAUGUCCUGACGGCUCCGACGAAUGGGGAUGCGUCAGGAUAAGGAACGCGUCUCGUCGACUCGAAGUCAGAUCUGGUGCCUCUUUGUGGAGGUCGGUGUGUGGGGACGGCUGGACUUCUGCUUGGUCCGACCUCGUCUGCGAACAACUUGUCGGAAGUCAGAGCGUCAGCACCGAGGUUCGUAGGGCAACGAAUCCCUCCCCCGAUGGCAGUGAGGUCGUUGUACCUCGUCCUAGGGUAAGCUUAGCAUCCGACGCCUCUCCUCGUUCACGGACUCCGCUUCAGUAUGCACUCAGUCUGGACCAAUGUUCCAGCGACGCUCUAGUCCACUUGAAGUGCAACCCAGAUAAAUGCGGUAUCUGGGACCAUGAUUCUUCAGAUCUCUUGAAGGAUAAUUCACAAUCCAAACCUGACCAGUGGCCAUCAAUGGCCAUCCUACUUCACACUCCUCCUACGGAAGAUGACCUACAGGACUCUACCCCUUCUGCUCCUACGUUCAGCCACCCUUGUGCGGCGUCUAUAUUGUCGCCGAUGUGGCUGGUGACCGCGUACUCGUGCCUUGUUUCCCAGCCUGGAGGACUGCAGCCCGACACCUGGGCGGUCGUGACGGGACAAGACGCGCCCAGCACCAAGUCUCCGAACUCGCAGCUCAAGCACGUCAGCCAGCUUGUUCGGUAUCCUGGGGCCAAGAAGCGAGAGGGGCUGUGGACCGGUGACCUGGCCCUCCUGCGCCUGGUGUCGCCCCUCACCCUCGACCAGCACACCAUGUCCGUUUGCCCCUCACCGCCCAUCUCAGAGAUCCCGGUCCCUCCUAGUCCCUCAUCUUCGGGUCGUUGCGUCUUCGCCAACUGGAGCCCUCGACCCGGGAAUGAAAAACGCAAGACGCAAUACACGCUGCAGGUGCAGGAGCUGCCGGCCUCUCACCUCGUGCCCCUGAUGGCCUGCAACACGACGCACUACAGAGGACGCUUGUCUUCUGCUCACUCCUGCGCCGUGCUGCACAGCCUCCCCAGUGCGCCGUGUCAUGGCGACGAAGGCAGUCCACUAAUGUGCCAGUCUAGCGAUGGUUCGUGGACGCUCGAAGGUCUGUUGAGCUACAACAGCCACUGUGGCACUGCAAGGCAUCCGGCUGUGUUCACCGCUACUCGUGCUCUGGAAACGUGGAUUCUAAAUACCAUUGGAAUGGCUCAGAACCCGCAGUUUAUACCUGAUAUUUCCCCUAAAACCAAAACCAGCGCUGAGGUCAAAAAUGUCGAAGAACUGGCUGCAGUCAUCACUCCAACGGCUGAAACCGUACACGCACCUGUACUUGGAACGCCAAAUGAUGGUAGUAUGUCGGAACACGACGAUAAACAAAUCAGUAAACCUAAUGUGUUACAAAGAAACAAAACAAAUCCAACUAUCUUCGCCCCCGUAGCAGUAGAGUCGAUCGUAGCUCCUUUAAUUAGGAACGUGUCUCCUAAAUCUACCGCUCCGGAUUUCGGAAGUACAGUAUCGUUUAUGGCAGACGAUACGAGAAAUGAGUCACUGACUGCAAUUGUUGGGGGUACUAGAACUGCUAGGGUGGGCGGUGAAACUGUUGCUGACGGGUUGGUGACGAACGACGUUUUGGAAAAUUCCAGCACCAGCAAUCGAAACGAUAUGUUGCAUCCAGCUCACGAAGAAACGUCUCUAGACUUCUCAAGUUCUCCCAUUGAUUCGGUAACGUCAGCUUUACCAAAUCAAAUAAUUCAACAAACUUCUAUUCCACCAGAUUCAUUACAACGUUCUAUUUCAUCUUCUGUAUCAUCAUCAAGUUCAUCAAACGCUCCGCCCGACGUCACGAAGACAAAGGGAUUUUCGUCCCCAUUACUUUCAGCAUUAACCACUUGAUCGCCGUAACCAUCGAUGUAGUUCUUAUUCUUUUGUGACGAUUAGUCGGACGUGGUGGUAUUAAAAUCCGUUCUUAUCAUUUACUCUACGUGUUCACUGUUCAUGUAGAGAUAUCGAGCGAAGCACUGACUUAUCAUCCAUUAUAUCAAUGUAAGUAGUCUCAGCUUGCACAUUGCUGGAAGCUCUGUGCUGACGGGAGGCGCGCUGCACUCAGGCGUGCGAUGGCCGCGGUCCAGCAGUGCAGGGCAACAAUUGACCGCCGGAAAAUCGUCAAGAUUCGUGGCAAGAAGUGCAUAAUUGCGUAUCAAUGAUACGCCUUGUCAAGUCAUCAAGAUUCGUGAUAGUAAGUGCACAAUUAGCGUAUCAGUGAUACCACGCCGUGACAAGUCGUCAAGAUUCGUUGUAAGAAGUACAUAAUUGCGUAUCAGUGAUACGCCGUGUCGAGUGGUCAAGAUUUGUGGUAAGAAAGUGCACAAUUAACGUAUCAGUGAUACGCCGUGUAUUUGUCACGAGGCCUGAGGUCCGCGACGCAAAAAGUCAACGAACCGCGCGAGUCUCAAUCUCUCAACAUGCAAUUUUUAUCGACUAGUUGCAAAAAAGACAAAAAUGGUCAAGUAUUUAUUAUUUGGUACUGACUACUUGUAAGUGCAAUAUCGUUAUUGAAUCAAUCAUUCUCCCCCAGUUGCAGGAUAUACUCUGUAAGAUCUUUCUAUUACUCUGCAAUUUUUCAGAAGAAUAUCUAGGUUUUAAUUAUACUCGAUACUUACGUUGUUUUGUCUAUUGCAAUCAAUUACUCAGUUGAAAGUAAAUGAGAUUAUUUCUGUCACAAAUGUAUAAGAUAUAUGACAUAUGUAAACGAUUUAUGCUAUUUAAAUUAAGAUCAAAAGACAAUCGUUUAUCCGAUAAGUUAAUGCGUAACUAAGGCUUACGUUGGAGGCUAAUCUGACAAGCGCCAAUUAUUUUAUGAUGAUUAUCAUUAUGUUUUAAUUAUUAAAAAAGUGUACAUGCUCUAAUUAAGGUAAUAUGUUCGUAUAUUCUCACUACUCGAUGUAUAUCGAUGACUGAGAGCUGUGAAGGCAUAGAGUCUUAGUAAUGUGCAGUGCAUUUUACGCCUGCAGCCCUGUUAAAUAUUUAAUUUUAACGAGUUGUGUCAAUUUUAUUGUUAAAUGUAGUUGAAACUUCCUUUUGCUGUUGUCUAUUCAACAGAAAUGAACGUUUAUUUACCUUUUAAACGCUUUCCUGGAUCCCAUGUUAUGUUCAUUCUGAAUCAUUCCCUUACGGAAAAUCACUCGCCCGUUCUCAUGCAUUUAUUGAUUAUUUUUUUAAUGAUAAGUGAGCGAAAUUAUUAUCGUGAAAACGCGCUUGAUUGAUUGUUUCUGCCAUAAACCUAUAAACGUUUAUCUGCGCGGGCAGAGCGGUAAUCUACUGUAAUAAGUUGAUGAUUUAAUGAUCGCUCUCUACGUCGCUAACCGAACAUCGCGGUAGGUCUACAUCGAGAAUUUUUCUGAAAUGUUUUUUUCACUCAUAAAUGAUUUUUUACGCGUCCGUCUUUUGUUUUCUUUCAUAUUAGUUUCUAAAUUCGAUAAAAUUGUAAGAUUAUAUUAAUAAAUAAAGAAAAGAAUACUAUAUUUCUAAAACUAGAAGUAUUUUUGCCGUGUGAUUCUCACUGUAAUGAGAAUCAUGUGUGAUUAUGUGAUAUAUCGUAUUUGAUUUUCACUAUGAAUUUCGGUGAUGGCCGAGGCAGCUGCCAUACUCGCACAAUGAGUGAGGGUAAGAGUUACCCUUCAUCUAAGAUAACAUCAAGCAGAUCAAAAUAAUAAUAGUAAUUUCGAUACUAAUCGUAAUUUCAUGUUUCACUGGAAUAUGUAUGAAAAUGUUUAGUCAAUUUAUAUACCUAUUAUUGAGAUAAUUUUGAACUCGUGUCACUUCAUUUUUCUUGCUUCGGGGUUUUUUCAACCUAGAACUCUUGAUUUUUCGAGUGUUUUUUUUUUUUCAUUGAUACAUUAUUAAAUGAAAACUGAACUGGCCUCUCUAUGCUGUGGACUUGACCUUUUCCUAACAGUGCAUUUGAAUUUCUGCUGAAAUUUUCGUCCGUGUCAAAAUUCUUGAACUCCUUUACAGUUAUCACCUAUUUUACUGUUACGGGGUAGUUAUUUUUAAUUUUUUUCUGUCUAUUUUUUUUUGCACAAUAUGAUGAUUUAACAUUUUCCGUUUUUUUAAGAAAUUUAAGGGAACUUAAGUUAAAAUAAAAAUAAUUAGUAUCUUCAUAACGAAUUUCUAAAAUUUGUUACAGUUUUGGAGUUCAGAAUACAGGAAAAUUUUUCAUGGCAAAGCGUGGUUUGCAUUGCUGAAACAUAAAUUAUGUUUAAAGUAUGAUAAUUGUACUGCUUUAUAGACUUCUCGCAGUCCGUGACAAUUCCGGCACUAUUGUGACAGAAAAUAAAUCUGUUGCGGAUGGCGUAAAAAGUGCGCCAUUUUUAACUCUGUCGGAUACAAGAAUCGACCUUGUUCACAAUAUUAACAAUAUUGCAGCUGUAUUAUUUUAUAUAUUUAGGCUACGGCAAUGCAAUUUAAUUAAAAUUAUACAUUCAAAAAGUAACAAAGUGUGACAGUAGCAAGAAAGCAAGGCCUGUCACGCAGCCACUUCUCUCAAAUGCAGUCUGUGUGCUUCAUAAGGUUCAUAAAUAUUUUUCUAUGUAUUAUUCAUUUAAUUAUUUUACGCAGCUACAUCUGUAAAUUAUUUUCGAAAUCGAAAUGUUUUAUGCUACACUUGAAUUGUCGAGACCUCGUUCCAAUAUUUUGGUUUUAUGAAUGAUGUUAUACAAUAAGCGUCUAUAUACUAUGUACAGUAAAUCUCAAUUUUUGCAGCGGAUAAAUUUGUUUAUUGCAAUUUCUUUUGACUUUUAUUGUAGCAUAACUCCGGAAUGUUGUUGUAUUCAGUCAGGUAUAACUUCGUUAAGAACGUGAUCGCAACAUAAGAAGAUGAGUGGUCAUUCGAUUCUAUUAAGAAUGUUCACAACCGCUUUUUGUUAUUAUGAAACUAUUCUCUGACGAGCUUCCAUCGAAGUGCCUUCUUAAUAAUAAGGAUUUUAGUCCUUAUAAUAAACUACUCCUAGCUAUAAUUAUAAUAUUAUUUUAUCACUUACGUGACGUUGGAAAGGGAGACGUCAGUCCUAAGUCGAUCCGAGGCACGCAUUUCUAGACAUUCGCGUACGAAUAAAGAUAUAUGCACUCCACUACAUAUUGGUGACAUUUUCGCUUACUUAUCUUACUUAUUCGUUACAUAUUCGUGCCUACUCCACUACAUAUUCCUGACAUAUUCGUGCCUACUCCACUACAUAUUCGUGACAUUUAUGCCUACUACACAACCCCUCACGGGGACUUCUGACGCGUGUCCGUGCUCGUCAGAAGUCCUGUGGGAUUU